GAACGUCGCGCAUCUGAAGAGUUAGCUGUCAAAAGUGUUUGUGUACAACCACAUUUUUAUAGUGAUAAGGCUACGACUUAGCGUACUUACUAUCAUUUUUGGUGAUGAUAGUCAAUGUUGACUUUUUACUCUAGAUUUUCUAAUUGAUUACAAAAAUAUAUUUUUCGGUGUUGUCCGUUCACAUAUCAUUAUUUAUCACUUGCAACAAAAUGACUGCCCUAGACUGCACUAACCCGUUCAACAUUCCAAAUCAUAGUGUGAACAAUAAUUAUCCGCUGAAACGAGUGUCGGAGCUAAUUCAAUCGCACGCCAAACAUAUUGGAUACGACCUGGAAAUUGGGCAACGGAUUUGCGAUAAAUGUCGACUAUUUACACGAAAUAAAUUCGUUCAGUCCCAGAGGAAGGAAAAGACCAAACCACGUCCAACCAACAAAAAGUUCAACCGAUACAAUACGAAGGGAAAGUCAAAGACUAAAGCCUACAAGCCACCGAAACCAAAUCCCUAUAUGAUGCCCGAAUCCGACUCAUCCAAUCACAAUGAUUCGAACGAUGCAUAUUCACAAGAGUACCACCAACAACAAGCCGCUCGUCGGCGAGAGAAUAACUUAGCCGACAACGAGGAUGAGUACAUCGAAUAUGAUGCCAAUUACUCGGAUGACGACAAUGUCGCACCGGAUGAAGCGACCUCGUCGAUGAACGACAAUUCAAAUUCAUUGCACAGUUUGGCCACACAGAAUCCGACCACCGAUAUCAAAAUUGUCAACGUGACUUCGCUGUCUGCGGAGAAACACAUAGAAAUCCUGAACAAUGACGACAAUGCCAUGAACGCAACGGAUUCGGCUUACAAUCACGACGCUCAUCACUUGAAAAUCAGUGAAAUUAUUUCGACUGCGCCAAGUUCGAAUGUAUUCGGCAUAGCGAAAAAAGCCGAAGAGCCGAACAGUCUCCUAACAAUAUCGUCCAGCAAACUGUAUCGACCGAGUCCGAACAGAAUGGGAAAGAAACCGAAUUCGAAAAUUCAGAAAAUGAAGCAGCAACUGCAGAACAAUUAUCGAUUGUCCGGUGCGGCCAUUCCAAACAUCGACGAAAAUUCGACGUCUGGCGUGGGUAAAGUGAGCACUGACUCGGACGAACAUUCGAAUUCCAAUGUCAAUUUCAAAACGAAUCGACGCAAGAACACGCUUACACCGCUGGAUUGUGAAAUGGAAUUUGAGGAGGUCCGACCUGUUUUGAAGAAGCAGGCCCAUAUGUCCGGAGAGCAGAUAUUGCUUAGCAGCCAAUUGGAGACAGUGAAAAGCAUCAAGAAUCCAAAUUGCACGUUGUUGAAAAAGGUGGCUUUUUUGCGCGUCUGCGUCAAUUACAUGAUGACCGAAUUGGAGGGAGUAAAAUUCAAUUUCGGCAAAAAUUUCAACUUCGAGGCUCUGAAAACAAAAUACGAAAGCAAACGUUUGGGGUAACUUGUAUGUACUUUACCGGAAAUGAAUGUACACACAGACACGCAUGCCAAUAAAAUUUCGUUUUAAUUCCAUUU